AUGGAGAUGAAGCUUUUGUAUGCGGUUGAUAAUCCUCCCCUCCCCGUCAUUGCUGCUUGUAGUAUUAGGAGAAUUUCAAUGAUGGAUUCACUCCCAUCCUCCAGUGCUCCCUCGUUUAUAUUGCCAGAUGGAUCGAAGAUUGAAGGAACAUUUAUUAUUCUGCGAUAUAUUGGACGAAGAAUGAACCUUUAUGGCAAGGGUGUUUUCCAGUCUGGACAGGUUGAUGAGUGGCUAGACUAUAUACCCAUCUUCUAUCAAGCCUCUAAAUUUGAAGUAGCUUGCAGCUUUGUAGAUACUUUUCUCUCCACGUCAUCCUUUUUGGUCGGUUGUGAUUUAUCAAUUGCAGAUCUAGCCUUAUGGUCAGCUCUUUCAGAAACUAGUCAAAGGUGGGGAAGCUUGAUGAGAUCUAAAAAGUACAAGAAUCUUGUGCGCUGGUACAACUCGUUGAUGCAUGAAUAUGCUACAUCCUUGAAUCAGGUUCUGAGAAUGGUUGUAGGAAAUAGAAAGCCAAGCACGGGAAUUUCAACAGAUUCAAAUUCUAAAAGUUUAUCCGGAAUUUAUUCAAAUGGUGUCACUAGUGAGAAGACUAACACACCUAGCUCUAGCUUGCCUGAAAUUGAUCUUCCUAAUGCCGAAGUUGGGAAGGUUUGUCUGCGAUUCGCACCUGAGCCCAAUGGAUAUUUGCACAUAGGGCAUUCAAAAGCAGCCUUACUAAAUAAGUAUUUUGCUGAUAAGUAUGAAGGCCGCCUAAUUGUUCGUUUGGAUGACACAAAUCCAGCUAAAGAAAGCGACGAGUUUGUGCAGAGUCUUCUCAAAGAUAUUGAUAGUCUCGGCCUUGUUUAUGAAGUUAUAACUUACACAUCUGAUUACUUUCCUCGGUUGAUGGAGAUGGCUGAGAAAUUAAUCCGUGAGGGUAAAGCCUAUGUGGAUGAUACACCAGUAGAGCAAAUGAGGACAGAAAGGGAUGAAGGGGUUGAAUCAAAGUGCAGGGGUAAUACUCUAAGUAAGAACUUAGAAUUGUGGAAGGAAAUGAUUGCAGGAUCUGAAAGAGGCAUUAAGUGUUGCCUUAGGGGUAAGAUAGACUUCCAGAAUCCAAACAAAUGUCUUAGAGACCCGGUUUAUUACAGAUGCAAUCUAGUUCCUCAUCAUCGGGUUGGAUCCAAAUAUAAGGUUUACCCAACCUAUAACUUUGCAAGUCCGUUUGUAGAUGCUUUGGAAGGCGUAACACAUGCACUUAGGUCAAAUGAAUAUCGUGACCGUGAUGCUCAGUAUCACUUGAUCCAGAAGGAUAUGGGAGUUAGAGAAGUUUGUUUUUAUGAAUUUAGCAGAUUGAAUAUGGUCUAUACACUUUUAAGCAAGCGUAAGCUUCUGUGGUUUGUGCAAAACGGAAGAGUUGAGGGAUGGGAUGAUCCUCGUUUGCCAACUGUGCAAGGGAUGGUGCGUAGAGGUCUUAAGAUCGAGGCAUUGGCCCAAUUCAUACGUGAGCAGCGGGCUUCCACAAAUCAAAAUAUGAUGGAAUGGGACAAAUUGUGGUCCAUAAAUAAAAGGAUUAUUGAUCCUGUUUGUCCUAGACAUACUGCUGUGCUUGAGGAUCGUCGUGUUAUAAUUUCCUUAAUUGAUGGCCCAGUGGAGCCUUUUGUGCGCAUUCUACCUCGGCAUAAAAAGUUGAAAGAUACAGGAGAUAAAUGCAUAUAUUAUACCAAAAAUGUAUGGAUUGACUAUGUUGAUGCUUUAAGCAUCUCUCUUAAUGACGAGGUGACUUUAAUGGAUUGGGGAAACGCCAUCAUUAAAGAGAUGAAGAGGGAUGAGACAGGCACUAUUGUGCAGUUAAUAGGAGUAUUGCAUCUUGAAGGAUCUGUUAAAGCAACGAAGCUGAGGCUGACAUGGCUUCCUGAGAUGGAUGAAUUAGUCAGGCUUCAACUUGUGGAGUUUGAUUAUCUCAUUACGAAGGAGAAGCUGGAAAAGAUGCAAGAUGAGGAAGAUUUUCUCAAGACACUUAAUCCUGUCACCAGAAAGGACACCUUGGCACUCGGGGACUCAAACAUGCGGAAUUUGAAAUCGGGAGACAUCAUACAAUUGGAAAGAAAGGGUUACUUCAGAUGUGAUGUUCCAUAUUUGAGACACUCAAAGCCAAUGGUUCUUUUUGCGAUUCCAGACGGAAGGCAGCGUAAUGUUGUCAAGUAACGCAUUCAGUCCGCUGUGCUGAUAAACUCAUCUUAGUUUUUAUCUACUAACUUAUUUAAUAUAAGAGGACCAUUAUAAUAUUUCCCAAAUUCAAAAUGUCUAUUGGUUUUCUCAACAGCUUGUUCAUUAAUCCUGGAAAAUGUAAGGAUAUUAAGUCGUCUCCACCUCUGGAUGAUUUUCGCUGCUCCACUCUUCAUCUCAUAGCAUAUCAUUGUUCUACUGUGUUUCCAUCUGUUUUUUUUCUUUUUUUUUUUUGGUUAAGGAGAAACAAACCAAGAGUGACCCCUAGUAUAGGAUUAGUUUACAACAUCUUUUCAAAUGAUGGUAGAAAACAAAUUAGAAGAAAACCAAUACAAAAGCGAAGGGGCAUCAAUGACUCCUAUGAGCCAUAAUGUCUGCCACUUGAUUAGCUUUUUGAUCGACGAUAGCAAUGAUUAAUAGACGCCUCUUGAAACUUUUUUAGCUCCUUCAAAUUAUCCACAAUCAAAAAGCUAAUUUCCUAAGGAAUCUUCCAACAUUGUCGAAUAGAGUUGAUAAUAACCAAAUUAUCCCCUUCAACAAGAGAAUCUAUACAAAUAUAUUAAAAAAGCGUGCGAAAAAAGUCUAUGUGCCACGUGGCACUCUCCUCACAUUUCUAAUGCAAAUGUUUUAUGUCUAU